UCAGUUUGACUGUUUUAGCGUCUAUAUUCCGCAAGUUCUGCCAGGAAUCCCGUCACGUGCAAGAUAUCCCCUCGAAAACACGCCGUUCCGCGCAGCUGCCGUUGUUUGAGACAUUUUUUCUGUUUUUCCUCCCAUACAAAAGCUUGAGAAAGGCUUUCCGAUUCGCCAGAAGCCUCUACCCCAUUGUGCCAUUCUCGUAUCACUAAAUUGGCUUGUAAACAUAAGUGUAGUGGUAUACUAUUACAGCAAAGGCUCAGACAGACUAACAGUGUACAUUACUGGACAAUAAUUGUGUUGAAUAGUAAAUUUUUCACGCUUCUUAUUCACUACUAGUGCAGAGUAAUACUUAGUGCAAUUAUUCACCAGAUUAGUAAACGUACCAGAAUAUAGAAUACACUAAAAUCAACACCAUAAUAACAAACCAAUCGGCAGUAUCGUCACCAAAGUCGCAUCAUAUUGGUAUUUCUAACUGUCAAAUAAUCAUCAUAGAUUGAUAUCAUAAUAUCAUAAAUCGUCAUAGCACCAUACAACCAUUUACAUUUGUCAGGUUGAACUACAACUAACAUUCACAUUCUUUUGAUUCAAUCACAGAUGACAAUGGACAGCGGAGGUGUAUCCCAAAUAGUAGCUGCACUCGGCGUAGUAUAUGAGCCCAAGUCUAGCAACGCUCAGCGCCGUGAGGCCCAGGACUUCUUAGAGUCCAUCAAAUCCAACGAUGAGCUGCCAUACUGGGGUUACCAGUUGGCGCUACCAGAGAACAACGGUAAGAAUUACAUCGUGCGUCACUUUGGAUUGUCGCUUCUCCAGAACUCCAUCAAAAGCAAGUAUCAUCUCUUUGACACCACCAAGACAUUGGCUAUCCGCAACUGGGUGGUAGAUUUGAGCAAUAAAAUCCAACAAGACGAUCCGCAUUAUCUCAAGGAGAAGAUUGCUUUUCUCUGGGUAUCCAUAGCCAAACGUAUCUGGGGAUGUUAUUUGAUCAAGGGCUACAAUAAGGAUAACAUUGAAAACUCGCAUCCUCCCGAAAACCACAAUCAUAACGAUAACCAUAAUAAUCUCAAACCGCAAGUCUCAGAACAAGAAGCUUCCGAUGGCUGGGCCAGCAUGGAUGCUGAUCUCUGGAAGUUGUGGAGCCUGGGAUUCACGUGUCGUGAACUAUCUCUCAUCAUCAUUCGCACGCUUUUUGAAGACAUUUAUCUUCUUGACGAUCCCAUUGCUUCUAAAAGAACUAUUAUUCUCAACCAAUUGAGUGUAUUGAUUGUCACACCGUCGUCUAUUCUUGAUGCCAUCUACGAACACAACCCCAAUGUAUCGAUAUGUAAAGCCUUGCCCAACGGUUGGUUUGUAGUUUGGAGCCAGUUUCUCAUUGAGAUUCUCUCCAGCAAUGACUUCAAGAGUAGCACCUGUCAAGCUUUUGUUCCCAAAAUUCUUGCUACGUUCAAGACGUGUUUGCAUUGGGUCCAGCCAGCGGUUUUGCGGUCAGAAAACAUUAUGCAAACACUCAUAAACAUCUUAACAAUCCCUGACGUCAAGUUGAAAACCUUGGCUGUAGACUGCUUGCACAUAUUGUUCACGAGAAGCUACAGCAGCAGCGACGACUUUGAUUUCUUCAUCGGUUCCAUCUUCACCACCGAAGGAGUGUCGAAGUUGAUGCAGUUCUACCAGUCCUUAGAAAUAGACCCAGAUGAUGUAGACGAGCAGGUGUAUUCGCUCUUGAAAAAGACAGUAGAAAUGAUAGUUUCCCUCAGCGAGUACCUCAACAUAUCAUCCAAGAACAAGGUCUCUUGGGAAACGGCUGAUGUCGACAACUACUUGAGACUCGUUUUAGCGACGACAAACCACCCUAGUUUAAUCAUCAGUGGUUUGUCAUUACAGAUGUGGGUUACAAUCUUGCGAUUUGACGAAUUGAGCUCCAAAGAUCCCAUAGUCAAUAGCCUCUUGGAUUUAUUGGAAAUCGCAGCAAAUAGAACGAUAAACUAUACCUACGAUGACAGCAACGUCUCCAAGAAGUUCUUGGAGGUAGAUUUUGAUUCAACUCCGGACGCCAACUCGUUCCUUCAGAACUAUAAGAAGUUUAACGAGGAUAUCGUCAGAAUUACCAUCUGUAAAAAACCCGAAGAAGGAUUGCAAUGGUUGGAAAACAGACUCCAGGCGUUCUUCAGCUCAGAAUUGGGUAGCCAAUGCAUAACCCAGUACAAGCUCGACGAGAAGUCAGAAGCAUUGAACUACGGCACGUCUCAGUUCAACAUCAUCGAAAAUUGCAUAAGGGGCAUUUCCAGAUGGAGAAUCUGGUACAAUGGCGACGACUUUGAAGUUGUCAAUGACCGUUUGAACAAACUUGUAGAAAGUUUAGGUGAAAGGCUUUUGGCCAUGAACAUUGCCUGUCCUCUAUUAAUUAGAAAACAGGUCCAAACCUUGGUUCAAUUUGCUCCACUUCUAAAGGAUGUGAGCCCUUUGAUGUUUCAAGUAUUGGAGAGAAUUCUCACAACAGCAACGUUUGAGUAUCCACCAAAUAUAUCUGACGACGAAAAGGAGUUGAUCAGAGACUUGAGAACAAGUUGUGGCACAGAAUUGAACAGAUUGGCAUAUAUAAUGCCUGAAUCCUUGAAGAAAAUCUUUAACGACUUGGAGAAUGUGGUUGCGAACAUUUUGUCUUCCAAGAAGGUCACCGACCACGAAAAUGUUGCUUUCAAGUCGUUUUUGUUGGUUAUAGCUUCAAGAUCUUCUAUUACAGAUAAAGACGAACUCUUUGCCAAGAUUGUGGACCCAGAAUUGGCAGCCUGGUCAGCGCCAGAAACGGAAAAAGGUCUUAUGGACUUACAUUGGUUUAUGGAAAGAAUGGGUAUAGUAGAAAUAGCAUCAUAUUUCCAAAGCAGAGGCAUCACUGCUACGACAAACCUUUUAGAGGCGAAGAUGGAUGAAGAAGGAAGGCUAUUGAAGAAUAAAUUGAAAGACCAUUGGUCUUCUAUUUUCCCCAUCAGAGCAACAAGAAUCUUCAUCCAGUACAGUAUUGAAAAGUUGGGCCACGAUUCCACCGAGUACUUGAACUUAUUAAAGUUGUGGAAACCGCGCGUUCAGCCUAUCAUUCCGCACAUUCUACAACUCUUGACUCAGAUCCAAGCUUACCAUAAUCCAGAUAACUGGAAAGAAUUACCCGAUGCGGUACAAGCUUUCGUCAGAUACAGUUGCAUGGAAAGAUUCUGGCAACAGGGUGUUUCGAUUCAGUCCAAGGAGACUUUUAUAGAAGAGAAUGUGAAAGCAGCGUUGACGUUAAGAGACUUUGCCGACUCUGUGGGCCAUUUAAUUAGAUAUACCAGAGAGUAUGCGUUCUUGACAAUUGGGUCUUUAUCGCAGUUGGAAGAUACCCUUUACGAAAUUCCUAAUAUCGCAACCAUGAUAUGGAAAGCAGUGGCUGGCGAUACAGUGGGUAUCACUUUACAUAGUUGGAAGCAUAUGAUCAACAGUUGUUUGAGGAGUGUGAUCAAGUUUUGUCCAGUCAAGUAUGUUGAUGUUUUCAUGGCUGAAUUGCUUCCCAAGGCAUUUAUCGAUAUUGAUAAGUUAAUUGUCAGUAGAUGGGAAAAGGUUUACCAGAACGGGUUAAAGUUGCAAGGGAAUGAAGACGACGAAACGUUAUCCGAAGAGAUGAUGGAAGAACAUAUGUUGAGGCAAUUGACAGCUACCGUGGUUCGUUUCUUGAUGGAUGUUGUGAGUCAGUACAAUUCCAAAACCACUACCGACACACAAUUUGCUUGUCGUAGACUCAUUAUUGAGAAUAAGGAAGUGAUGGCUCCGUUCCUACAGAUCUGUUGUCAUAUAAUCAUGUUCAAAGACACCAAGUGUUCAUUCAACACCAUCUUGGUUGUCAGAAAUGUGUUACUGGAUAUUCUCUUGCGAGACGAUGAAGUAGACAAAUUUUUGUGUGACCACUUGAUGAAGGCACUCUUGCAUGUAUUGAUGGAUGACUACUUUGUAGAAACCCAUGGAGAAGCCGCUAUAGCUUUGACUUCAUUGUAUUGUACUUUGAGAUCCAAAAACGACUAUCCAGCUAGGGUCAUGAUCCAAUACUUGCCCAACAUCACCACACAUCACGUGAGCAACUUUGAGUCGUUGUUGGUCAGCUCCAAGUCGUUGAAGCACCAGAGAGCUGCUUUGCUUGAGUUGGUCAGAAUAGCCAAGGAAGUUGCUGACGACUUUGACGACAUGGACAAACGUAAGAAACAACUUGAAGCAGCCUCUAUUUCCAGGAAGAAAAAGACAAACGGUGUAGACGUUAUGAACGAUCCAUUUACAGAAAGUGGCGCCUUAAACAACUUAUUUGGGGAAGAAUGAAUUAGAUAGCAUCCGUAUGAAUUUAUGGAGUCAGCAUUUAUUGAUGAGUCCAACUGUGUAUAUAUUUAAAUGUAUUAAUAGUAAGUUGUUGU